AUGGGAAAAAUUAUCUUUUAUGAGGACAAAAACUUUCAGGGACGUUCCUUUGAGUGCAGCAUGGACUGCCCAGAGCUGUCGUCCCACUUCAGCCGCUGUAACUCCAUCCGAGUCGAGAGUGGGGCCUGGGUUUUGUAUGAACGUCCAAACUUCAUGGGCUGCCAGUACAUCCUAACUAGGGGAGAGUAUCCUGAUUACCAGCGCUGGAUGGGGUACAAUGACUCUAUAAGGUCUUGCCGCAUGGUGCGAAAUCAUGGUGGCAUUUUCCGUAUCCGUCUGUAUGAGCGGCCUGACUUCCAGGGUCAGGUUAUGGAGUGCAGUGAGGACUGGCCCUCUCUCUAUGACCACUUCCGACACCGUGAGGUCCAGUCCUGUAACGUUUUGGAUGGAGCCUGGGUCUUCUUUGAGCAUCCUAACUACAGGGGACGUCAGUAUUUGUUGGAGAGAGGCGAAUACCGCCGCUUCACUGACUGGAAUGCCAUGCAUCCCACUGUCGGCUCCAUUCGCCGUGUUCAGGAGUUUUAGGUCUUUCAAUGUGUAGUUGAUUGUUCCUUAACUAUUUAAUAAAAAAUGACACUGAGCCCACCUAAAGCUCCUGUCUCCUGUUUUAUUUUAUUUUGAAAAAGUCUCUUAUGCUUACCAAGGCUGCAUUUGAUCAAAAAUACAGUAACAACAUAAAUAUUGCAAAAUAUUAUUACAAUUUAAAAUAAUUGUUUUAAUAAACUUUCAAAUGUAAUUUAUUCCUGUGAUGAUAAAGCUGAAUUUUUAGCAUCAAUUACUCCAGUCUUCAGUGUCACAUGAUCUUUCAGAAAUUAUUCUAAUGCUGAUUUGCUGCUCAAGAAAAAAAAAAGGAAAAAAAAUCUUAUUAAAAAAGUUGAAAACAGUUGUGUUGUGUAAUAUUUUUGUGGAAACCAUGAUACAUUUUUUCAGGAUUAUUUGAUAAAUAAAAAAUUCAAAAUAAUUUAUUUGAUUUUUUUGGUUUUGUUUUUUGUAACAAUGUAAAAGCCUUUACUAUCUUUUUUAUCACAUUUAAUGCCUCCUUGCUGAAUAAAAGUAUUAAUUUCUAUCAAAAAAAAAAAAAAAAAACUACAACUUUUGACUGGUAGCAUAUGUAUAUAUGUGUCAAAUGUUAACCAGAAAAAUUGUGGUAUUUAUUAAUUCUCAUCACAUAGCUUUCAACAGUUUCUGCAGUUGAUAUA